GUAGUGCAGGAUCAAAGCUCAGCUUUCGUGGACCUCCCCGACCUUGCGACAUGCAGGACCGCACUUUUAAAGGCAAAGUGUUGCUAGCGGCCUUGGUUGUGCUCGCGAAUGUGUCGAAUGGGGAGCGUUUGGGAAAUGCAAGCUGUGCUAACGACGACGAUCAGGCCCUCUUACAAGCACGAGUGAAAAAUGCUUGCAGCCCUGACGAGACGCCACCCGUGCCGACCGUCCCUUCCGACAUCGAAGUGGUGAACCAGGCUGGAGAGUGUUUUGCCGUGGUGACCUAUGCUUUUCCGACCGCGACGGACGACUGUGACCCGGACCCCUCUAUCUCGCAGUCCGGCGGCCUCGGUUCCGGCGAAGAGUUCCCCGUGGGCAGCACGACGGAGACCUUCACGGUGAUCGAUGACGCCAGCAAUUUUGACUCCGCCAGCUUCCACGUUGUGGUGACUGACGCCGAGGACCCCGACAUGACGCCCGUUCCGGCAGACAUCAUCGUGGACACCGAUCCUGGCGUGUGUGACAAGGUUGUGACCUUCCCUACACCGACGGCAACGGACAACUGUCCGAACCCAGUGAUAGCAUUGACUGCGGGCAAGGCAUCCGGCUCAACCUUUGAGUUGGGCAUCACGACUCAGACCUUCACUGCGACCGAUGCUUCUGGCAAUUCUAUCUCGGACGUGUUCCAUGUUCAGGUCAAGGACAACGAGAACCCGGGCAUUGCGGGUCUUCCGAGUUCCAGUACACAUGGCAACGAUGCAGGCCUGUGUGGGGCCAUCGUGAACUAUGCUGCGCCCACCGCGACAGACAACUGUGCGGACCCGGUGCUGUCGCAGGAUGCCGGCCUUGCCCCCGGCUCCCUUUUCCCGGUUGGCACCACAACGAAUAUCUACAUUGCGACCGAUGCUGCUGGGAACGCUGCAACCGGUGGCUUCACGGUGACGGUCAAUGACGCGGAGCCACCAGUGAUUUCGGGUGUGCCUAGUGACAUCACAGUGAGCAACGCUGCGGGCACUUGCGCGGCCACGGUGAACUAUGCUCCUCCAACCCUGACCGACAACUGUCCGGGGGGGUCGAUUCCACUGACCAGCGGCCUCGGUUCCGGUUCAAGCUUCCCAGUAGGAGCCACGACAGAGACCUACACUGCGACCGAUGCUGCUGGGAACGCUGCAACCGGUGGCUUCACGGUGACGGUCAAUGACGCGGAGCCACCAGUGAUUUCGGGUGUGCCUAGUGACAUCACAGUGAGCAACGCUGCGGGCGCCACGAUAGAGACCUACACCGCGACCGAUGCUUCUAACAACAUUGCAGAAGAAUCCUUCACAGUGACGGUCAAUGACAUCGAGAACCCAGUGCCGAAUUUGCCUGCAAACAUCGUCGUGAACAACGAUAACGGCCUUGGCUCCGGUUCAAGCUUCCCAGUUGGCACCACCUUGAAUAUCUACACAGCGAUCGAUGCUGCUGGGAACAUUGCCGGGCCCAGUAGCUUCACGGUUACGGUCUUUGACAACGAGAACCCAGUGAUUUCGGGUGUGCCUGCUGACAUCACAGUGAACAACAUCCCUGGAACAUGUGCGGCUACGGUGACCUAUGUUGCUCCUACAGCUACGGACAACUGCCAGGGAGCGAGCAUUGCGUUGACCAGCGGACCCACCUCCGGCGCGAGUUUCCCAGUGGGCAGCACUGAUGUGAGCUACACUGCGACCGAUGGUGCUGGCCGCACCGCAAGCCGCACUUUCACUGUUCAGGUCAAUGACAACGAGCCUCCAACUCUUGAGGUGGAGGAUAUCGAUGUGAAAUCUUGCAGUCCGACUACGGUCACAUUUUCUCCUGCAGCGGCUGACAACUGCCCAGGUGUGACAGCUGCUUGCAGUCCGUCAUCGGGCUCCGAGUUCCCCGUCGGCGAGACAGAAGUGACCUGCACGGCAGUCGAUGCCGCGGGCAAGACAACUCAAGAGAGCUUCGUCGUUUUGGUGGAGUGUGAUGGCCAUGGCUACUACAAAAAGUCCCACGGCAACAACAUCCGCAAACGCAGAAACCCCCACAUGAAGAAGUGGUUGCACUACUGGAAUGAGUAUCGCCGGUGA